CGGACAUCGGGGAGGGACGCUGUCACUCUGUUGUGCACACGCGGCUUGGUUCAGACCUGAGUAACUACGAACAGCUGACGCGGCGUCCAAACCCAGGGACAGAAAGAUGCUCGCCAAGCUCAUUUUCCUGGCGGUCAUCGCCUGCGCCAUGUCUCAAGUGCUUGUCUACCCAGGCGGUGGCGGCUUCGAUGAGCCACCCCAGCCCUACCACUUCAGCUACGACAACGUGAACCCACUGGAGGGUGCCCACCACUAUCACGAGGAAACCAGCGACGCCACCAACUCGCGUACGGGCUCUUACGGCUACACGGAUGCGAACGGCAUCACACGGCGAGUCGAUUACGUCGCCGACGCCGGCGGAUUCCGUGCCACCGUCACCACGAAUGAGCCGGGAACAGCCGCCAGCGCCCCCGCAGACGUGCACUACAACUCGCCCUACUCCCACUAAACGACGCUACGGCCGCACGCUUUAGAAGUGCCUAUAUUGUCUAUAGCCUGCUUACAUUAUACCGGUUGUGUUAUCAUUUCGAACACCUGCGACCUUAUCCUGCCGUCUGGUUGAUGUGACAGCAUAGAAAACUUUCGCUCUACUGUAUUAAUAUAAUCAUGGUAAGGAUUCUUGAUUACAUAACUACGCUAUGAUUAUGAGAGGCACCGUAGUAGACUAUUCCGAAAAAUCACGAUCACCAGGGGUUACUUAAUUUGCGCCUAAUUUUGAGUACAUGGGCCCCCGGCAUUUCCGCCUCCAUGAAAAACAUGGCCACCAUUGCCGGGAUUUGAACCCGUCAUCUAAGGGCAAAAGUUGAGCACUAAAAACACUAGAAUACCAUGGCGGCUUAACAUUAGCUGUAUUACCACUCCACACCGAUCUCACAUGCAAGCUGCUUCUCUUGCGUCGCUUUUGAGAAAAUUUGUGUGCAUAUAAGUAGUUCUGUUUUCUUUUCACGUCUGCUAGAGACAAAAUGCGGCUUUCGUUUUUAGUCUUAUCCUUUAAUCAAGGGAAAAAGCUUUCGAUGUACACAAAGACAUUCGAUAGGCACCUUGGGGAAACACAGUAUUAUUACAAGAUGUGUGCAAGUUUUUGUUCAGGUUACCUGCAGGACAUCAUCAUCAUC